GGAAUUCAGAUAAACAACCAGAGGGUUGUCCCUCGUAAGGUAUGUUAACAGUGUCUCCAGUCGGAGAGGAUUCUAUUACUCUCGAGUUUCGAGUUCUUAUACAUAACAACGUCGUUUUUAACUAGUUCACACAUAUAAUCAUAAACAUGCAUCGCGCUAAUGCAGUUUACACCUGCAUCUUAUUUGAUUUUACAUGGCAGAUUCCGAUGAAGAAUCCGAUCGCCGUCGUAGCCGUGACAAAUUUCGCCGUGAACGUAGUGAUCACGAUGGACGUCGUCGUCCUGGUGAUAAACGAGAGCCAUUCGACGACCGAUCAGGUACUGUAGGUGUUGCACCGGCUCGUGAAGAUAAUCGUUUGUCAGGUGAAGGUCGGAAUGACCGUGGACGAUCACCUGCAGAACCUCCUUACAAAAGACCUCGUAAAGAUAACAGUGAUGAUAAUAAACCAAGUUCAUACCAGCGAAAGGAUACCAAAAGUUCAAGUGUCUCGGAAUACGAUGGCAUGUACAGGCCUCCAGUAAUACCAUUUAAACGGUUUCUUGAUCCUUUGGACGACUUGAUAACUGAAGAAGAGGCGUGUAGUAAAUACAAAGAAUACAAAGAAGGAUAUAUGAAGCGUCAUACCGAAGAGUUCUUUGAUGCACACAAAAAUGAGGAAUGGCUUCGUCUUCGUUAUCAUCCCGAUUACAUGAAUGAAAGAAAAGCCGCUCUUAGCGCAGCAGCCAAGCAUCGUCUAGAUGUUUUCAUGGAGCUUUUACAUAAAGGCUUUCUCGAAAAUCAGUCUGUUCAGAUGGACAAUAGUGAGAAUCUCAUAAAACUCAUGGAUGCUGUUGUUAUCAAACUUGAAGGUGGUUCUGAUGAAGACCUAAAGGUACUUGAAGAAUCUGAUCGUAAUAGAUAUUCAGACGAAGAAGUAGUACAUCAGUCUCAGUCUUCUGGACCUAUUUGUUGUGAAAAUAAAAGUGAAGGAGAGGCUGAAUCUGAUGAAGAUUUCGAACAUGAGAAGCCUAACACAGAACUUCCUAGAAAAGUGAUGCCAGAACCUCUUCACACUCCAGGUUCUACUGUGGAGUGUCGAACAACUAACCGACGUGCACGAACUGAGUCAAACAAGUCUGGUAGCUCAGCUCCUUCACAAAGUAGCCAGAGUAGCGAUAGUGACAGUGGUUCUUCAAGCGAUGACGAAGCUGAUGAAAGCGCCAAACCUAAAGCUGAAGUUGAUCAGAAGUGUAAUGAACUCGGUAAUAUUCAUGACGUUGCAAGGUCUGAAGUUGACGAAGAUGACGACGAUGUACCCACUCCUACAACUGCCGAGUCCCCAAGAGGAUGUAAAAAUGAAGACUCUUCUGUUUCUAUGAUCAUCGGCUCGGUAAAUGAUACACCUGUCAAACAUCCUAUUUUUGGAGAUCCUUCCAACGCUCCUCAGUCCAAGUGUGCAAAUCCACCAAGACUGCUACAUAAAACUGCCUCUAUAUUCUUCCGAGCGUUACCUCCAACUAUAAUGGAAAGCGAACUCAAAGAGCUUUGCGCUUCUCAACCUGGAUUCAUAAGAUUGGCUCUUUGGGAACCUGUUCCUGAACGUCGAUUUAUGCGACAUGCAUGGGCCACAUAUGAUCCUUCUGUUAACAUCAAAAAGAUAUGUUGGGCGUUAAAUACCAGUACCUUAUUACGCGAAAAACUUGAACUGCCAAACGGAGAAUUAGGUGCUACGGUUAAUCGUGAUUUAGCCCAGAGAGUUCGUCCUCUUACUCCUCUCACACGUCAUAAACCAGUUAUGCGACAAGAUUUACUCUUGGCUGCGCAACUUGUCGCACGUUUAGAUGCUAAACAUAAUCUAUGGAGUCAUUUGGAAAUUCCUGAUAGUACAAAUGAUUUGAAUACGAUUGGUAAGCUCAAAAUCAAUGGUGAUUCGGAGUUUAAGAAUAUUUGUGAUUAUACAGCUCUGGAAAUGGCUAUUAAGAGUAAAAAUCCAUUACUUAAAAAUCUGACAGACUAUCUUGUUGAUGAAGGUGGAAGUGAAGAAGAAGCACUUAUAGCGGAAACUCAAGCAGAGGGUGAAGGAUGUGACAAUAGUAGUAAUACUGUAGUUGGACGUGUUCACACUGUAACAUUGGAAUCCGACCCUAAUUUGGCUCGUACUUUAGAUUUGUUAAUACUCUAUUUACGUAUUGUCCAUUCUAUGGAUUACUAUGCAGGAGCUAUCUAUCCCAUGGAGGAUCUCAUGCCUCAUCGAUGUGGAAUUCUUCAUGCAAGAGGUGACAGAGGAAUAAAUCCUGUUCCUGGUGCUCGUCCUAGUGGUCUGGCUUUCACUCAAAGAGAAAUUAAUGAUCACCUUCAGAAUUUCGCUUUAAAAUUGCGUACUCUUAUCGAGGUACCAAAAGAUUUAACUGAAGAGGAAAUGAAAAAGUUAGGUAUGCGAGAUCCUGAAAAAGCUGCAGAAGAAUUCGUUGAAGCUAAUAUUCAAAAAAGAACUGGCAAGAAAAAACCAUUUAAAGUUGUAUGGGUAUGUCCAUUAUCCGACAAGAAAUUCCGUGAACCAAUUUUUGUUCGUAAACAUAUUUUCAAUAAACACAUGGACAAGGUAGAAGCAGCUAAAAAAGACAAUGCAAUAUUUUAUAAUAACUAUUUGAAAGAUCCUAGACGUCCAUCAUUACCAGAAGCUCCUUAUCAUUUGUUAAAUCAAUAUUAUCCAUCUUUGAGUUCGAAUUCAAAUAGUAAUAAUCAUACAUACAGAGGUAGAGGUUCUGGACGUGGUAAUACGGGUGGAAGUUAUCGUGGAUAUAGGAAUAAUUCACUUCUUUCAACAGCACCAAGUUAUGUACGGGGUACUGGAACUUUUCAGGUAUGCUGUAUACAUACAACUUAUUUUCGUUUCGAUAUUGUUGAUAUAUUUUGUUUACUAUUCAUUUCUGUGAAUUCAGAGAUAAAAAGGUGUCUUAUGAGCGACUUGAGAAAAUUUAUAACAUGAAAUGUGAUAACUUAAGCUUCUACUAUACUGUCCGUCUACCAACUAUUAACGCAAGUUUGCCGCCCAGCAAUCCUUCAAGUAUUGCUCUACGGUUGAAAAACACUAUAGAAGACAUGCUUAGACCGGAAUUAUGUGAUCAUAGGUUUUCCUGAAUUACUGGUUGUUUAUUGUAGUAAGGUACUACUAGGGAAAAACGGAAAAUCGGUAGAUGAAGCUAUAUGUAAACCUUCCUAAUGGACUAAGAGCCAAUAGAAUAGUAAUAAUUAAUGGUUAAAGAUGUUAGACGCCACGGCACAAAUCUGGUAGUAUUCGUACAAUUGUAUACACUAUGUUCCUUUUAGUCUUGGCUUCAGUUUCACUACUUAUUUACCAUCCUUCGGCCACAUUUAUUCCAUUUGUAUUCUUUUAUACUUUGUUUAUAUAUAUGUUUUUUUACCGAUUUUGGUGCAUAUUUUCCUGUCCGUUCAUACUCAUCAUGUUAAUUUCCCUCCUCUCAAUUCACUGAUAUUUGAAACUUUGAAUAGACACUGAUUCUUACCAAAGCUUGCGUUAAUAAUGAUUUCUAACUAUACUACUACUACUACUACUGGGUGCUUUUUUGUUCCAUUUAAACUUAACAUAAUUGAAUUUGUCGAUGGUAUAUCUUGAAUUUCACUAUUGUUUUAAUGGUGAUAUAAUGAACUAAAAAAUCGACUGUUAUCUAAUCAUUUUGACUGAUUAUCUUAGUGUUUAAGAAAAGUUGUACAUCUCGAACUAAAUGACUCAUGUCAGUACCAGCGUUGUAAUAGCUUUUCAAGUUUAUACCAUCAUUAAUAACUAUGAAUUAUUUCAUUAUUAUUCAAACCCAAAUACUAAUAAUGAUAUAAACAUCAUACUUAUUGAACAAAUUUGUGGCUAUCUACACCUAAUAGUAGCUCAGUUAACGACGCCUUGUAAUUUAAUAGUGAAGGGCAAUGGGUCAGAGUAUCAAUCUGUGAAACAUCAACACUAGGAUGCAGGUAUAUCCACCCAAUAAGUUCCAAAUAAGGCGGAAAAAACUUCUUAAAUCCUUCUGUGAGUUACAGGUCAUUUAUUAAGUAAAGUUUUUUGGAUUGUCUUGUAAAUUCCAUUACUCAACUAUUUUUCCCUUUGUCCAGGACUAUUAUGAUGUGGCAGCUCAACAACAACAACACCAAGCUAUGGCGGCUGUAGCAGCAGCAGCUGCUGCCGCUUUAUAUCCAAACGCUGCGACAGCAGCUGAUUUGUAUGCAUUGGCUGCACAGGCAGGUGCACCUCGCACGGGUCUUGGAAUGUCUAGGUCGCGUGGUCAACGUGGUUCUUCACCAUCUCAUGAUUUCAAUCAUCGACCAUAUAGUAGUAGUAGUAGUACAUUGGAUAAUCGCCGGAGACAGCCUACAAACUAUUCGACAAAUAGACGUCCAGUUGGUGGUGGCGGCGGUACUACGACCGGUGAACGAACAAUGAUAUCAUAUAAUGAUUUAGAUGAUCCUGGAAAUGAUGUGCUUUAAAUUGAAUUAACUAAUUAAUCUAAUCAUUUUCAUCGACUGUUACCAACAACUGUUUUAUUUUCUAUGUUCUUGUUUUCUGUUUGUUUCUAAAGUUUAUCACGUUGACACAUUUAAAUGAAUAUCAUGUAUAUCUGAACAUUGUGCAUUUUCAUAUUCUUUCUUCCUUAUAUUAAUUACAAUAAGAAAAGUUCUAUUAAAAUUAUAUUACACUUCUC